GCCGGCCGGGUCGCUGCUGCGCUUUGCGCCUCUCCCGGCGCGGCCCCUGCACCAGACGGUCCGACCCCGGAGCGCGCUUGCAGACUAAGAUAUGAAGAUCAAUGAUGCAGACUGCUGGGUUCGAUGAAGCUGGGCAUUUAUAACUAGAUUCAUUAAGGAAUACAAAGAAAAUAUUUAAAGGGAUCAAUAAUGGUGUCUUCUGGUUGCAGAAUGCGAAGUCUGUGGUUUAUCAUUAUAAUCAGCUUCUUACCGAACACAGAAGGUUUCAGCAGAGCAGCGUUACCCUUUGGGCUAGUUAGGCGAGAACUGUCCUGUGAAGGUUACUCCAUCGACCUGCGCUGUCCGGGCAGUGAUGUCAUCAUGAUCGAGAGCGCCAACUACGGGCGGACGGAUGACAAGAUUUGCGACGCUGACCCGUUUCAGAUGGAGAAUACAGACUGCUACCUCCCAGAUGCCUUCAAAAUUAUGACUCAAAGGUGCAACAAUCGAACACAGUGUAUAGUAGUUACUGGGUCGGAUGUGUUUCCUGAUCCAUGUCCUGGAACAUACAAGUACCUUGAAGUCCAGUAUGAAUGUGUUCCUUACAUUUUUGUGUGCCCUGGGACCUUGAAAGCAAUUGUGGACUCACCAUGUAUAUAUGAAGCUGAACAGAAGGCAGGGGCUUGGUGCAAGGACCCUCUUCAGGCUGCCGAUAAAAUUUAUUUCAUGCCCUGGACCCCCUAUCGUACUGAUACUUUAAUAGAAUAUGCUUCCUUAGAAGAUUUCCAAAACAGUCGCCAAACAACAACAUACAAACUUCCAAAUCGAGUAGAUGGUACUGGAUUUGUGGUCUAUGAUGGUGCUGUCUUCUUUAACAAAGAGCGAACAAGGAAUAUUGUGAAAUUUGACUUGAGGACUAGAAUUAAGAGCGGAGAGGCCAUAAUUAACUAUGCCAACUAUCACGAUACCUCACCAUACAGAUGGGGAGGAAAGACCGAUAUUGACCUGGCAGUUGAUGAAAAUGGCUUAUGGGUCAUUUAUGCCACAGAACAGAACAAUGGAAUGAUAGUUAUUAGCCAACUGAAUCCAUACACUCUUCGAUUUGAAGCAACGUGGGAGACUGUGUAUGACAAACGUGCUGCGUCAAAUGCCUUCAUGAUCUGCGGAGUGCUCUACGUGGUCAGGUCAGUGUAUCAAGACAACGAGAGCGAAACCGGCAAGAACACAAUUGAUUACAUUUACAAUACUCGAUUAAACCGAGGAGAGUAUGUUGAUGUCCCCUUCCCCAACCAGUACCAGUAUAUUGCUGCAGUGGAUUACAAUCCUAGAGAUAACCAACUCUACGUGUGGAACAAUAACUUCAUUUUACGGUAUUCUCUGGAGUUUGGUCCACCCGAUCCUGCCCAAGUGCCUACCACAGCUGUGACAGUAACUUCUUCAGCUGAGCAAUUCAAAACCACUAUGUCAACCACAAGCACUACUUCACAGAAAGGCCCCGUGAGCACAACCGUAGCUGGAUCACAGGAAGGAAGCAGAGGGACAAAACCACCUCCAGCAGUUUCUACAACCAAAAUUCCUCCUGUAACAAAUAUUUUUCCCCUGCCAGAGAGAUUCUGCGAAGCAUUAGAAGCCAGGGGGAUAUGGUGGCCUCAGACACAAAGGGGAGUGAUGGUUGAACGACCGUGUCCCAAGGGAACAAGAGGAACUGCCUCAUAUCUCUGCAUGGUUUCCACUGGAACAUGGAACCCUAAGGGCCCCGAUCUUAGCAACUGUACCUCACACUGGGUGAAUCAGCUGGCUCAGAAGAUCAGAAGUGGAGAAAACGCUGCUAGUCUUGCCAAUGAACUAGCUAAACAUACCAAAGGGCCGGUGUUUGCUGGAGAUGUGAGUUCUUCAGUGAGGCUGAUGGAGCAGUUGGUGGACAUUCUUGACGCACAGCUGCAGGAACUGAAACCUAAUGAGAAGGAUUCAGCUGGACGGAGUUAUAACAAGCUCCAAAAACGAGAGAAGACAUGCAGGGCUUACCUUAAGGCAAUUGUUGACACAGUGGACAACCUUCUGAAACCGGAAGCUUUGGAAUCAUGGAAGCACAUGAAUUCUUCCGAACAAGCACAUACCGCAACUAUGUUGCUGGAUACGUUGGAAGAAGGAGCUUUUGUCCUGGCAGACAAUCUGGUAGAACCAACCAGAGUCUCAAUGCCCACAGAAAAUAUUGUUCUGGAAGUUGCCGUGCUCAGCACAGAAGGACAGGUCCAAGACUUUAAGUUCCCUCUGGGCAUCAAAGGAGCCGGCAGCUCAAUCCAGCUCUCUGCAAACACCGUCAAACAGAACAGCAGGAAUGGACUUGCAAAGUUGGUGUUCAUCAUUUACCGGAGUCUGGGACAGUUCCUUAGUACAGAAAAUGCAACCAUAAAACUGGGUGCUGACUUUAUUGGUCGUAAUAGCACCAUUGCAGUGAAUUCCCACAUCAUUUCAGUUUCAAUCAAUAAGGAAUCCAGCCGAGUGUACUUGACAGAUCCUGUGCUUUUUACCCUACCACACAUCGAUCCCGACAAUUAUUUCAAUGCAAACUGCUCCUUCUGGAACUACUCGGAGAGAACUAUGAUGGGAUAUUGGUCUACCCAGGGCUGCAAGCUGGUUGACACUAAUAAAACUCGUACAACGUGUGCAUGCAGCCACCUAACCAAUUUUGCAAUUCUCAUGGCCCACAGGGAAAUUGCAUAUAAAGACGGAGUUCACGAAUUACUCCUUACAGUCAUCACCUGGGUGGGAAUCGUCAUUUCCCUGGUUUGCCUGGCCAUAUGCAUCUUCACCUUCUGCUUUUUCCGCGGUCUGCAGAGUGACCGUAACACUAUUCACAAGAAUCUUUGUAUCAACCUUUUCAUUGCUGAAUUUAUUUUUCUAAUAGGCAUUGAUAAGACAAACUACAUGAUUGCGUGCCCAGUAUUUGCAGGACUUCUACACUUUUUCUUUUUGGCUGCUUUUGCUUGGAUGUGCUUAGAAGGUGUGCAGCUCUAUCUGAUGUUAGUGGAAGUUUUUGAAAGUGAAUAUUCCAGGAAGAAAUAUUACUAUGUUGCUGGUUACUUGUUUCCUGCCACGGUGGUUGGAGUUUCAGCUGCUAUCGACUAUAAAAGCUACGGAACAGAAAAAGCUUGCUGGCUUCAUGUUGAUAACUAUUUUAUAUGGAGUUUCAUCGGACCUGUGACCUUCAUUAUUCUGCUAAACAUUAUCUUCCUGGUGAUCACACUGUGCAAAAUGGUGAAGCAUUCAAAUACUUUGAAACCAGAUUCUAGCAGGUUGGAAAACAUUAAGUCUUGGGUGCUUGGCGCUUUCGCUCUUCUGUGUCUUCUUGGCCUAACCUGGUCAUUUGGGUUGCUUUUUAUUAAUGAGGAGACCAUUGUGAUGGCCUAUCUCUUCACCAUCUUUAAUGCUUUCCAGGGAGUGUUCAUUUUCAUCUUUCACUGUGCUCUGCAAAAGAAAGUACGAAAAGAAUAUGGCAAGUGCUUCAGACAUUCAUAUUGCUGCGGCGGCCUCCCAACCGAGAGCCCCCACAGUUCAGUGAAGCCAUCAACCACCAGAACCAGCGCUCGGUAUUCCUCUGGCACACAGAGUCGUAUAAGAAGGAUGUGGAAUGACACUGUGAGAAAACAGUCUGAAUCUUCUUUUAUCUCAGGUGACAUCAAUAGCACUUCAACACUUAAUCAAGGAAUGACUGGCAAUUACCUACUAACAAACCCUCUUCUUCGACCCCACGGCACUAACAACCCCUAUAACACAUUGCUCGCUGAAACAGUUGUAUGUAAUGCCCCUUCAGCUCCUGUAUUUAACUCACCAGGACAUUCACUGAACAAUGCCAGGGACACAAGUGCCAUGGAUACUCUACCGCUAAAUGGUAACUUUAACAACAGCUACUCUCUGCGCAAAGGGGACUAUAAUGACAGCGUGCAAGUCGUGGACUGUGGACUAAGUCUGAAUGACACUGCUUUUGAGAAAAUGAUCAUUUCAGAAUUAGUGCACAACAACCUGCGGGGCAGCAGCAAGGCACACAACCUGGAGCUCACACUACCAGUCAAGCCUAUGAUCGGAGGCAGCAGCAGCGAAGAUGAUGCCAUCGUGGCCGACGCGUCAUCUUUGAUGCACAGUGACAACCCAGGGCUGGAGCUCCACCACAAGGAGCUCGAGGCCCCGCUGAUCCCUCAGCGGACUCACUCCCUUCUGUACCAACCCCAGAAGAAAGUGAAGUCCGAGGGGACCGGCAGCUAUGUGUCCCAGCUGACGGCCGAGGCCGAGGACCAGCUGCAGUCCCCCAACAGGGACUCUCUCUACACAAGCAUGCCCAACCUCAGAGACUCCCCCUCCCAGGACAGCAGCCCGGACACGGAGGAAGACCUGUCCCCCUCCAGGAGGAGUGAGAACGAGGACAUUUACUACAAGAGCAUGCCGAAUCUCGGGGCUGGCCACCAGCUCCAGACGUGCUACCAGAUCAGCAGGGGGAACAGCGACGGGUACAUCAUCCCCAUUAACAAAGAAGGGUGUAUUCCGGAAGGGGACGUUCGAGAAGGACAGAUGCAGCUGGUGACAAGUCUUUAAUAGUGCAGCUAAGGAAUUCCAAGGGCCACAUGCAAGUAUUAACAAAGAAGGAGUCCAUCGGUCCAGUGCAGCUCCCACAGACCCGGCUCCAGGCAACAGCUCUGAGGACCUGUGCUUCCGCCAGUGUAAAAAAAGGUGACUGAACCUUGCAGUUCUGUGAAUUUUUAUAAAACAUACAAAAAACUUUGUAUAUACACAGAGUAUACUAAAAUGAAUUAUUUGUUACAAAGAAAAGAGAUGCCAACCAGGUAUUUUAAGAUUCUGCUGCUGUUUAGAGAAAUUGUGAAACGAGAAAACAAAACUUUCCAGCCAUUUUACUGCAGCAGUUUGCGAACUAAAUUUGUAAAUAAUGGCUGCACCAUUUUUGUAGGCCUGCAUUGUAUUAUAUACAAGACGUAGGCUUUAAAAUCCUGUGGGACAAAUUUACUGUACCUUACUGUUCCUGACAAGACUUGGAAAAGCAGGAGAGAGAUUCUGCAUCAGUUUGCAGUUCACUGCAAAUCUUUUACAUUAAGGCAAAGAUUGAAAACAUGUUUAACCACUAGCAAUCAAGCCACAGGCCUUAUUUCGUAUGUUUCCUCAACUGUACAAUGAACUAUUCUCAUGAAAAAUGGCUAAAGAAAUUAUAUUUUGUUCUAUUGCUAGGGUAAAAUAAAUACAUUUGUGUCCAACUGAAAUAGAAUUGUCAUUAAAAUAAUUUUAACGAGUUUGAAGGAACUGUUGUGAAAAGCUCUUGGUUGCACACGUUAUGACAUGUUUUUUCUUACACUUUGUCAUGGUAAGUUCUACCCACUUUUACUUAUGUUCCACUGUAUACAGUGUUCUGCUUCGACAAGUUAGUUUUAUUCUUACAUUUAAAUUUCUUAUUGCCAAAAGAACGUGUUUUAUGGGGAGAAGACUCUUUGAAGCCAGUUAUGCCAUGCAUUGCACAAAUGUGGUGAAAUCGAGAAAAGACGGCUUGCCUCCGCCCCACCCCCCACCCCCGUUUAUUCUUGAACAGUGGGCGGAGAGGGCACCGGGCACUUCUCACUAACUUUCUAGUGAACAAAAGGUGCCUAUUCUUUUUUAAAGUAAAAUAAAACAUAAAUAUUACUCUUCCAUAUUCUUUCUGCCUAUAUUUAGUAAUUAAUUUAUUUUAUGAUAAAGUUCUAAUGAAAUGUAAAUUGUUUCAGCAAAAUUCUGCUUUUCUUUUCAUCCCUUUGUGUAAACCUGUUAAUAAUGAGCCCACCACUAAUAUCCAGUGUAAAGUUGAACACGGUUUGACAGUAAAUAAAUGUGAAUUUUUUCAAGUAGCUAACAUGUGCACUUUCAUGUAUGAUCCAUAAUUGGCUUUAACGCACUGCUCUUCCCACUCCUCCCCCUUGGGUGUGUUCAGGCCCCCUUCAUAGUACAACCCGUGGACAGGGGAAGGAAUGCGGUUGAGUCGCUUGAUGGUUUUAUAGGCCAUAAAGAAUGCAUUUGUAUUUUGAUUAUCCUUUAUCCGUGCUCAAAAUUUGGCAGAUAGGUUUCAACAUGGAAAUAUACUGAAAGUUUUUUGUUUGUUGGGUUGCACCAGAACUUAAAAAAUAACAAUGCAAAAAGAAAUGUUGGAAAUUGUAUAAUCAAAUUGAGCUUCAUUAAAAAAAAAGGUUUUCAGCAGUAUGGAGAAGAAAUUCCUCAAACAUACUUUUACAGUUUAGGAUUAUAAGUAACCCUAUAGGCAGCUGUGACUGACAAUAUCUGUUAGCGUGCAAAGGCUCAAAAAUCAUAAGACUGAAUCUCAACAAAUGGAUUUUCCCUGUCCACAUAAUAAACAUUUAUACCAAAUUCUUCUGCAGCUUAGGUUUUCUCUAGUGACUACCAAGUUAUUUUAUGUGGACACACUUAGUCAUGCCUGUUGAGUUUUAAAAGAGUAAUGAGAAAAAAAUUUCAAGUAUAUAUUUAUAUAUCUAAAUGUGUGUAUAGUAAGGUAGACACUAUAUAAUAAAGUAUCAAUAUUUAAUAGUAGGGUAACAAUGGAGGAGUAUAUUCACAUGUAGUUAAUACCUAAUAAGUUGGAGAUUGUAAGAAAUUAUAUUCAGAUUCAAACAGAUGUAAUUCUCUUGAGAAGGGUAGUCGUAUUUCUUUGGCUAAAAUUUUUCAGCCAUUUACAAAAUUUUAUGUGCUACAAGGGUGUAUUAUAUAAUUAAACAUUUUCAUUUUCUCCUUUUUUCCUUUCAAAGUCUGAAACUACAGUGUGGUGUGAUGUGUACUUCCCAGUAUACAAACUAAGUAGGGUCAGGUUGGUUCAGUAAUAAUGGAUUAGCCAAAAAAUAUAUAUUAUUCAGUCAGAGCUAUUUCUCUUGAAGCAGUUCUUAAAACUGGUAUAAUGUGAACAAGUGCAUAGUACCUAAAUGGUUAAUGUUCUCUCCAGAAAAAAGUCAUUUAUUAUGAGUCUUUAUAAUAGAGAAUACAAUUUGGAAGCUAUUACUCAUCUUUGCCACCAAAAGAAAAAUUGUUUUUACAAUGGAUUUCUUUUUUAAAAUGUGUAAAUGUUGCCUUAAAUUCUGUCUAGGCUUCCUCCUAGUCCAAGUUAAUUUCUUAAGUUUAACAUUAUUAAUCUACUGACUGAUGCAUUACUCUCCUUAUUAGUUCAGUAGGUUCCUGUGGUCCACGCAGACUUCACAUGGAUACACAGUUUUUACAUCCUUGAUUGUUUCUCUUUGUGAUAGUCAUGACUGUGAACUUUUAUAAAGUCACAUUACCGUACCUCUGUCCCGGGUCAGUUGGUCCACUGCUCUGUUAAUAAUGAGGAAUGCUUGUCCCCAUUUGUUUCACAUGUAAGCUUGAUACAGCUUAGUCUAGAUUGACUUAGUUUAAAAUAGAGGCUUGUUUGUUCUAUUUACAAAAGAAGAGUACAGCUUUUCUGUAUAUAAUUCAUCUUACAGGCUUUUAAAGUCCUUUACGUGGAAGAGAAUCUAUACAGGUCUAUAAGUUUCUUGAAUGUGUUGUCAAUUCCACCUCAUCCACAUUGAUUUGAGGUAGUUACGUACAAUAUUUUAACCAGUGUAACAACUAGUUUUAAAGUUAAGGGGGCAAUUAUUUGACAGAACAUCACCAUCACUGUUCUCUCCCCUAAGAGAAAAGCAUCAUGCACAGAUUCAUUGCCAAAUUUCAAAAGAAUAUUCAUGCGCACUUGUUAAUGGUGUUUUCCGGAUGCCUGUUUUAUGUGUUUAUUUAAAUGAAAAAGGAGAAAAUGUACUUUUCCAUCAAUUCAACUUUGAACCUCAGGCUUCAAACUGACCUUUAUGAUGCUCUCAUGGGAUAGAGGGUUUUUGUAAAAAAAACUUUAACUCACUAAAAAUUUUAUGGUGGUUAUAACCUAAGUAGAAAACUUGAAAAAAUGCAUACGAGUUGAAUUUUUGUAAUAAAAAUAGCUCUUCGUAUUUUAUUGAUACUGAAAUUUUCUUUAAAGACAGUUAUUCGUGCAGUGUUUUACAAAUAAAACUAC